ACCAAAAUCCGGAAUAUAUCAGAGGAGAAUCUUUGCUUACAUCGAUAACAUCGAGAGGUCAACAACUUACAACGUCAACCCAAUUUCACAAAUUCGGCGGGUACACCAAAUGAAAACUUGCUUGCCAGGGGUUCUUCACGUACGGCUACAGUCCUGCUACACAUGCGACAAUUGUUUAGAUGCUUCGAGUCCAUGUUCCAAUAUCGAAAAAACUGGCGAGUUCAACUCUUUGACCGUAACAAGUAAUGGAUGUGUUGCUAUUGAUGGCAGCAUCGACGACGAACCCUCCCUAGCUGAUAUUGUUAGUGUCGGUGACAUAGUUGCAGUAGUUGCAGAUGACGACGCAGGAGAUUAUUAUCUGAUUAAGAUUACCCAGGCAACCCAUGUAUUGAGCGAGAAAGCAGAUGAUUACUGGGGAAAUCAGUUCAACGAAGGCGCGACUGUUGAAAAGGGCCUUUAUUUUGAAAAGAAACGACAUGCUCGUGGGACAAAUCACAGUUACAGCCUUAUACGGAGAAAAAGAGCGAUAGAAUAUGCUGUUGCAGUUGUCUAUAUCAUCAUAAACAGUAACGAAAACAAGAUCAGAAUAUCAGAUAUCAUCCAGAAUAUAAACAUUAUACGUGACAUUUAAUGAAUGUUUGUACUGGUUUAUAUUGAGUUGCCACAUUUUACGUGUAUGUGAUUGUUAAAAGGGCGCAACAUACAAAUAAACAAGUACUUUAAGAUAAUGUUUUAUGAAAACAUAAAAUGAGAUGACUGUUUACGGAAAACACAAUGUAUAUAACCGUUUUAACUUUUGAAAAAACUACGAAUAACGCUAAAAUGCUUUAAAACGACGUUAACGUUUGUUACGCUAUUGUACGCCAACAUCUGACGCGACGUCAUUUGUAAAGAUAAUUUCCGUCUCUUUGC